UCUCGUCAUCUUGUCUCAGUGACAGCUUCACUCGGGUCACAAGCGAGAACCCUACUCCACUGGAAGUCCACCCUUCACGGCCAGCAAUUCCUUGAAUCCUGGAAUCUCAGCUCUAAUCCGUGCAAUUGGACUGGAGUUACGUGCAACCUUACGCACAGAGGACGCCCUGUCAUCACCGACAUGUCCCUGCCGAACAUGAGCUUAGAAGGGCCACUCGAUGCUCUCAACUUCUCAACGCUGAGAUCACUCGUCGGUCUCAACCUCUCCUACAACCAGCUCGACGGCGUCAUUCCUCCGACCAUCUCGGCUCUCUCCAACCUUGUAUAUCUUGAUCUCAUAGGCAACCGGUUCACGGGCAAACUCCCGGUCGAAAUAGGCUCCAUGAAGGCGCUCCAGUUCCUAUAUCUCAAUAAGAAUCAGUUAAGUGGUUCUGUCCCUCCAUCCUUGGGCAAUCUUACCGGGCUUCUGCACUUGCACCUGCGAGAUAAUCAACUUACAGGUUUCAUACCUCAGGAGCUUGGAAGACUUCAGAAGUUGAUGCAUCUUACACUUGGGAAGAACCAACUAUCUGGCUUCAUCCCUCCCAGUUUAGGGAACUUGACGAACCUAUACCAGUUGUCUCUCUAUCAAAAUCAUCUCUCGGGAUUCAUCCCCAGAGAAUUGGGAAAUCUAUUAAACCUUGUGCAACUUGGACUCUUCAAUAAUAGUCUAACAGGUCAUAUCCCUUUCUUUAUGGGAAGAAAUCAAACUAAAUUAGAGAGACUUUAUCUUGGGGUUAAUGAAUUGUCAGGCUUUAUCCCUCCGGAAAUAGGAAAUCUAAAUGAGUUAACCCAACUUUUUCUGUCCGACAACCAAAUCUCCGGGCCGAUACCAUCCACUUUCGGAAACCUGACCCAGCUCAUGGGUAUGGAUCUCCAUGACAACCAGCUUUUCGGUUCAAUCCCUCCAUCCCUCGGUAACUUAAGGAACCUCACUGACCUAAGCUUGUUCAAUAAUCGGUUGUCUGGUCGAUUGCCUGCCGAGUUAAACAACAUCACAGGUUUGACAUCGCUUCUUUUGUCAGACAACUUCUUCUCCGGUGACUUGCCUUCAAACAUAUGCAAAGGAAGAACCCUACAGUAUCUCUCACUGAGCAACAACAGCUUCAGAGGUCAACUUCCCGGGACCUUAAAGAACUGUACGGGAUUGAUCAGAGUCCGUCUCGAGCAAAACCAACUCACCGGGGAUAUAUCACAACUUCUUGGAGUGUAUCCACAUCUUUCUUAUAUGGAUUUAAGCUUCAAUAGGCUGUCAGGUGCACUCCCACCGGACUGGGGAAGAUGGGACAAUCUCACAUUCCUGGCAAUCUCAAAUAACAACAUCACCGGAGCCAUUCCACCAGAAUUCGGCAAGCUAAAAGAACUACGAGAACUGGACCUUUCUUCCAACUACAUACAGGGGGAGAUUCCAAAAAGCUUGGGCAGGUUACCUCAUCUCUACAAGCUGAACCUGAGCUGCAAUCGACUCGGCGGAGAGGUACGAAUAGAGUUUGGAAGGAUGCCCGACCUUGAAAUCCUUGAUCUAUCAGUUAACAGCUUGACAGGAAGAAUACCGUCUCAAAUAGGCAUUUGUCUCAAGCUCCGCUCCCUGAAGCUUAAUGGCAACAAGUUCGGCGGAGGAAUUCCUGCAGAGAUCAGCAGCCUGGAGUACCUUCAAGACGCAUUGGACAUCAGCCACAACUCACUAACGGGUGAGAUACCCUCACAGUUCAGCAAAUUUACGAUGCUGCAAAUUCUGAAUCUUUCACAUAAUAAUUUGUCCGGUGGUCUUCCAUCUUCACUAAGUGCUAUGAUCAGCUUAUUAAUCAUUGACGUAUCAUAUAAUGAAUUGGAGGGGGCUGUGCCUGAGAGCCCAGUCUUCCGGAAAGCUCCGGCGAAGUGGUUUGUCCACAACAAAGGUUUGUGUGGGGUCGUCAAAGGCCUGCCUCCAUGUCUUUCUUAUACUGCAAGGAAAGAUGAUGGAAGCAAGCACCACAGAGCAAUUAUCUCAGCUAUCAUUGCUUCCGUGGUCGUCUUAUUCAUCUUACUUGUUUUUCUGGGAGCGUUUUCACUGUUCCAGAAGACCAAGAAACAUUCCAUGCCUUCCGAAAAUAAUGGCAACAAAGAAGGCAUGGCAUUCUGUGUAUUUAACUUUGAUGGAAGAUAUGCAUACAAGGAUAUCGUUGCAGCCACGGAGGAUUUUAAUGAAAAAUACUGUAUCGGAAGUGGUGCAUAUGGCAGCGUUUACAGAGCAGAAUUAGCAAGCGGGCAGAUGCUAGCAGUGAAGAAAAUUCAUCUGCAGGAAGACGAAACUACAUCGAAUGAGCAAUCCUUUCAAAACGAGAUAAAUACUCUUACUCAAAUUCGACAUCGAAAUAUCGUCAAGCUCUACGGAUUCUGCUCCUCUGCUCGACACAAGUUUCUGGUGUACGAGUACAUGGAGAGAGGAAGUUUGGGAUCCCUCCUCAGAAGCGAAGCAGCAGCUGCUGAACUGGACUGGGUGAAGAGGGUGAACAUUGUCAAAGAUGUGGCUCGUGCUCUGUCCUACAUGCAUCAUGAUUGCGAUCAGCCCAUUGUUCAUCGAGAUAUAACCACCAACAAUAUUCUGCUCGAUUCAGAACUCAAGGCUUGUGUUUCUGACUUCGGUAUUGCUCGACUCCUGAAGCCAGAUUCAUCAAAUUGGAGCAUGCUUGCCGGCACAUAUGGUUACUUGGCACCGGAGCUUGCUUAUGAGAUGAGAGUGACCACCAAAUGCGAUGUUUACAGUUUUGGAGUGGUCACGCUUGAGUUGCUAAUAGGAGGACAUGGGGAAGGACUCGUUUCCGUUCUGUCAUUGCCUUCGUCGCCGAAAAACACGCUUGUGAAAUAUGUAUUAGACCAGCGUCCAUCACUCCCUACGACGGAGGUUGCAGACGAGGUAGCUGCAGUUUUGAGAUUGGCACUUUGCUGCGUGGAACAUGACCCAGAGUCACGCCCAACAAUGAAGCAGGUCUUUGGAACCCUAUCGACUGUCAACAUACUGCCGAGUCUCCCUUCUCUCGAUGUGCUCAAGCUUUCUGACUUGAUGAAUGCUAAAAUAUGAUCGACUAUAUGGACUCCCGUUCUCCGGCUGUGCCACCAAGUCAACAAGUCGGCUAAAGUAGGGGUUGUUGUUCACAUCAUAUGACCAUGCAUUUUUUGUAGUAUGAAGCUGAUGCUGUAGUGGAGGGCAUGUGGUAAAGACCUGCCCAUUCUGUAGUGAUUAAUUUCAAUUCGCAGAAACAGGCUGACAGAUUGAGAAAGUACUUAAGGUGUUUAAUGGGUAAACGCAUGCGACGACCAACAUGAUGCUGUGUGGCAUAAAGAGCUUCCUAAAGAUAAUUUGCUCGACUUGAAUUGACUUCACUCUCAGCGGUCCCAUCUUACCUUUUGUAAAGCUGUAAAGCAGACAAUGACUGCUUACAAGGCAAGGAGUCAACAGAGGAGGGAAAGAAAUGUGAGAUGAAUUGUCUGGUUGUGAAAUCACUCCAACAAAUCUAGUGACAUGCAGUCAUACACGUCCUUUUCUUCUUUCAAUAAAGAAACGAGUAUGUGUGUAACGUACCUUUUUUUC